AUGGAUGCAAUCUGCUCUACCAAUGAUCGUGCGAAUCGACUCUCUGCACUAGCUCAAGCCGCAGAUUGUCUCGCCAAAGCAGCUGCCACACUGUCGGAAGCUGCACGAGCGGCGGCAGAAACCUUUUCAUCUGAACUAGCUAUUUUAACGUCUGAUGUAGAGAAUAUAAUUAUAUCUGAUGGCAACGAAGAACCUCCUGGAAUUGUCUCUGCGGAGCCCGCAAACAACCAAGCCUUGGCUACUACCGUUGAUCCAUGCUCCUCGGGCCCAAUGACCAUCGAUCAACUGCGAUUCGACCCAGCCCGACCGCCCCCUGCAUCUUUAAUAACUGACGAAAUCGAAACAGUGGCAGGCUUGGCUUACCGCAUUUUGGUCGAUCAAGAGGCUGACGUCUUGUUAUUCGUUUGUGCACUCAUCCGGAAUCGACGAAAGGUGAUCUGCUACAUGAAUUGCAGCAUCCCCACAUUCCAUAUGUAUAAGAAGCUCAUAAAUGACGUAACCAAAACUGCCGUAUAUACCAUCACGAAGAUUACGACUACAGAAAUAACCGAAGUAGGACAAAAGUUUCUUGAAGCAGAACGGUCCAUUUUACUGUUGCCCGAGACAAUCACUCCGAGCAUUGAAAUCGACGACGUCGAUUCGUGGGUGGUUCACGUGGGAUGGCCAGCUGACGAACAGCGAUACGAGGACCAGAGAUUGAUUCACCAAGCUCAGAAUAGCAUAAUUGUUGCGUACUCGGGAGACGAAGAGCUACACCCUGCUGGUGCUGCUAUCAUGUGGCAGAGCCAGGCAUGGCCUGGAGAUGCCGAUUCGUUCAGAGCAUCAGUUGCUUUAUUACGACCGAUAUUUAACCAAAGCCUAGCAUUGAUUCCAGCGGAAAUGAAGGCCAAAGUAUAUCCUGACUGGAUAAGCUGCCACGGCUCCCGAGGCCAUCGAUAUGUGAAAUCUUGGGAUGCCACCACACUUAUAACAAACGCCAAUUCUUUUAUGUCAGAUGUGUUAAAAUACCAGGCGCUUUCUCUUCCAGAGGUUUCGCAUGGAUUUGUGACACACCACGGCCUUCAAUCGGCCAUGAUGGAGGGAAUACUUCUGGUCAAGUCUCCCGGUUCAGGUGUCAACCAUAUAUCUUCAUUACCAAAAAACGACUGGGUACCGAGCGAUUCUACCCGGUCCGAAGGAUCAGGCCGGGCAUCAACUAGUACUCCCUGGGGAGUAGAAUCAACUCCCGUGUUGGCCCCUCCGAUCUCUAACAAGCAAGCAAACAAAAAGCCUCGUAUUAAUCGUCCAGAUUCUUCGGGCGAUGCUUCGGUCGUUUCUACGACGCCAGCACGCACUUCUCAACCGAGGUUUGGAAUGGCCAAGCAGCAUGCAGCUGACUUCAGCUCUAGGAAGAACGCCUUUAAACCAAUGCUGGGAAAUACCUACUUUGCCGUUGAGGAGGAAUUCGAUGCUAUUCCACUGAUGUGCUUUCUGGCCGAGAUGUGUGGGUCUGGUUCAAAGAAGGUUAUUCUUUUCCUGGAUAUUUCCGGGUGUCAUUUUCAGUAUCAGAAACUGAUUGCGCUCAUUACUCAAUGGACUGUAUUUGUGGCUGAUCGACCGGAAACUAUUCAGUCCACAGAAGAUGCCGCCUCGAGAUUUAUAAAAUCACAAGGCUCUGCGGUCCUCUUACUUCCGUUUAAGAUACAAACUCCACCGUCAUCCCUCGGGAAUGUGCAUCUGGACCACUGCAUUUACUGGGGAUCUACACUGGAUGGAUUUGUUCCGCUUGCUCAAGCCAAGAGGCAUAGCGCUUCACUGAGAUGCUCGUCCACUAGCAUUAUCAUGACCGUGGCUCAAAGGGACAAGAUCAAUUCUAUUCUGAACAACUCUAACUUCAGAGCCCAUCCGAGCUCUGCUGAUUUAAUGCACCGGGAAGACAGCAUUUGGCUCUCUGAUUCGCGAAAAGCGACUAAAUCGAUCUUGUCGAGUGACCGAGAAUUGGUCACAGAGCUCUACGAGGGACACCUUAAAACCCUCGCAAGGACGUCGAGCGGGGUGCUGGGAGCUCAAGAAAUUGCCAGUAGAAUCAACAAGUUUACCGCAAGCGUUCUACUGUCCGGUAGUGUAGAAGACGGAAGCAAUAAACAUCCUCCGAUAGCCCCUAGGUUAGUAACCUCAAUGGCGAUCGUUAGUAAAUACAACCUGCAGGCAGCGGUUGACGCUGGAAUGCUGUAUGUUUGGUAA